AUGGCCCGAGCCAACGCACUCGCCCAUCGGGCGUUGCGCAGCCUUCGGCCACAGCCCACCUUCCCUGUCGGGCAAUGCCGGUGGUUCGCAUUGUCGGCCCGUCGAGCGAACGACAAACCGCAGCAGUCAUUCAAGAGUCAACUGUACGAGAGCACCCAGCAACGCCUUAAGCGUGAGCGGGCAGAGCAAGAGCGAUUCGCGCAAUACCAAACCCAAUCCCCCGGUGGCCGCUAUGCGGCAUUGGUCUUCGCGCUGGUCUUCUUCUCGACUGGGGCAUAUUAUUUAGGAUCGCUCAGACCGGCUGGCCUUCCCUCGUCGUCCACAACCUCUGUGUCCGAUCUUGAUCCGCCAAAGCAUAACGUGUCCCAGUCGAAUCUCCAGGCUGCUUGGGCGGAUUUCGUGGAUAUCCUGGGCAAGGAGAAUGUCUCGACCGCGCCUGGUGACCUGGAGAUGCAUGCAGGAUCGGACUGGUCGUCCUACUGGCGGAAGGAGGAUGAAAAGCCGUUCCUAAUCCUCUACCCGUCCAGCACCGAGGAGGUGUCUCGGAUCAUGAAAGUCUGUCACCAGCGAGUGAUCCCGGUGACCCCGUAUUCCGGCGGCACCAGUUUGGAAGGCCAUUUUGCGCCCACCAGGGGUGGCGUCUGCGUUGACUUCCGUCGGAUGGAUCGUAUUUUGGAACUCCACCCCCGCGACCUGGAUGUGGUUGUCCAGCCGGCGCUGGGAUGGGAAGAUCUGAACGAGGAGCUGUCGAAAGAUGGGCUGUUCUUCCCACCCGACCCUGGCCCCGGCGCUAUGAUCGGAGGCAUGGUGGGAACCGGCUGCUCAGGAACCAAUUCCUACCGGUACGGGACAAUGCGUGAGUGGGUUUUGUCGUUGACGGUUGUCCUCGCCGACGGGACCGUCAUCAAGACCCGCCAACGACCUCGAAAGUCGAGCGCCGGAUAUGACCUCACUCGGCUAUUUAUUGGCAGCGAAGGCACCCUGGGCCUGGUCACUGAGGCGACCUUGAAGCUGACGAUUCGACCCAAGAGCCAGAAUGUUGCUGUUGCUUCUUUCUCAUCCAUCCAAAAUGCCGCCGAGUGCGUGACCCAUGUGGUUGAGGCCGGCAUCCCCGUGGCGGGAGUUGAGAUUUUGGAUGAUGUGCAGAUGAAGUGUAUCAAUGCGAGCCAGUCCACCAGCCGGCAGUGGAAGGAAUCCCCCACCCUGUUCUUCAAGUUUACGGGAACGCCGGUCGCCGUCAAGGAACAGGUCGGUAUGGUGCAAAAGAUCGUGUCGAACACUUCAGGUCGGUCUUUUGAGUUUGCUCGGGGCGAAGAGGAAAUGCAGGAGUUGUGGAGCGCUCGGAAGCAGGCCUUAUGGAGUGUCAUGGCAAUGAAACGAAGCCCAGAAGACCACGUCUGGACAACUGACGUGGCCGUACCGAUGAGCAAGCUGCCCGAUAUUAUCGAGGCGACUAAGAAGGACAUGACCCAAAGCCGAUUACUGGCCGGAAUCUGUGGACACGUCGGUGACGGGAACUUCCACGCCAUCAUCCUGUUUAACGACAGCGAAAAGAAAAUCGCCGAGGGAGUGGUUCACCGAAUGGUGAAGCGGGCUGUGGAGAUGGAGGGAACCGUCACUGGUGAGCAUGGGGUUGGUCUCGUCAAACGAGACUAUCUCGAGCACGAGUUGGGUGAAUCGACUGUAGAUGCCAUGCGUCGUUUGAAAUUGGCCCUUGAUCCCCUCCGCUUGCUCAACUGUGACAAAGUCAUCCGCACCGAGCAGCCGGCGCCUGGAGAAGUCAAAGAAUGGUAA